AGGAGUUUUCUUCCUGUGUGUGAGCAGGUGAGACACACCUGUAUAGACCAAGGAGCAACACGCGGUAAACUCUUCCUCUCCCUGCAUUUACACUGACUGCAGCUGAAAAUGUCUUCUUUCUCCUCUUCCUCCUCUUCCUCCUCUUCCUCCCUGCUGCCGCCCCUGCUCCUCUUCCUCCUCCUGCCGCUGCUGCGGCAAGGCGGAGCGGCGCCGGACGCGCAGUGCCGCGCAGCUCGACGCUCCGGUCAGGACAACUUCGUGCUGGACGCGGAGGACGCACUGAAGGAGGGGGCGGUGCUAAUGUCCACUGAGCGCGUGCUCACCAUGGAGGUCUGUGAGCGCGCGUGCUGCGGGAACCCGCGCUGCAACCUGGCGCUGCUGGAGCCGCGCGCCGCCGGAGCGGCAGAAUCGGAGAAUCGCACCUGCGUCCUGUUCAGCUGCGUCCACAGAAACCGCUUCGUGUGCAGGUUCGUGAACCAGGCCGGGUACCAGAGCUUCAUCAGAGAGUCCGUGUUCCAGAAACACUUGGCGGGACCACAGGGGACAGGUGAUCCCAUCGCCACCGCAGGUCGUGAUGUCAUCGUUCAGCCUGGUGCGAUGGUGACCCUGAACGGCAUCGAGAGCCUGACGCUGGGCGACGCCCAAAUCACUGACUACAACUGGAGUCGGCUGAGUGGAGACACCGGCGUCAAGAUGGAGAAGACCACUCUACUUGACCAGGUGCGACUCUCUAACCUGCAGUCAGGUUCAUAUGUGUUCAAGCUCACCGUCACCGACUCCAACGGCCAAUCAGACGAUACCAAGGUCACCGUCCUUGUCCUCAGCCCAGAGCUGUCCAGCUCGUACUGUUUGGCUGCGGUGAAGGUCGGGCUGUGUCGCGGCUCGUUUCCACGCUGGCAUUACAACGCCAUUACGGAAGUCUGUGAGCAAUUUGUGUUCGGAGGCUGUAAACCAAACAACAACAACUACGUUACCAAAGACGAGUGUGUGUCUGCCUGCAAAGGAGUCACAGCAAAAGCAGAGAGGGGCGCCCCUCUCCCCACAGAGGUGUGUGGGUCAGCCUGUCAUCCUGAUCAGCUGAUCUGCAGCAGUGGCUGCUGUCUGGACAGAAGUCUGGAGUGUGACGGUGUGAAACACUGCAGCGACGGAUCAGAUGAGGAACACUGCAACAAACUAAACCAGACCUUCACUCGCCUGCUGAGCAUCGACGUCAACCAGAAGAAAGCUCGGUGUGCGGAGCCCCCCCACACUGGUCCAUGUCGGGCAGGUCACACACGCUGGUACUACGACCCCCUGGACAGGAAGUGCCACCGCUUCACCUACGGUGGUUGUCAAGGAAAUGAGAACAACUUUGAGGAAGAAAACAAGUGUGGUGAUAUCUGCGAUGGAGUGACUGAGCAUAACGUCUUCUUCAGAGGGAUGUUUGACCGUUUUGAGGACGACAAGGAUGACAAAGACGACUCAGGCACCAUAGCGCUGGCUGUGGUUCUGUCGGUGGCCAUCUUGGCUCUGUUGGCCAUCCUGACCUACUGCUUCCUGAAGAACAGGAGGGAGCGCUCCCAUAGGCCUGUCACUACAGGCCCCGCCCACGUGGCGCUGUCAGAACAGGACACACUCGUUUACAACAGCACCACUAAAUCUGUAUGAUGUCAUCACCUCACCUUUGUGACAUCAUCACUACUGUCCUCAUGAGGACCACUGACCUGUGUGAGGUCGUCAGUGGUUUGUAGCUGUAAUCAUCACAUGUGAAGAUGUUCAUUUUGUGUCUGAUCUUGUUUUGUAGGGCUUCUGUCACUUUGUGUUUCUUAUAUUUAUCAGUUGUGUUUGUUGGGGUCAAAGGUUGAAUCUGAUUCAAAAUAAAACAUUUAAAUAUCUCAGGUCGUUAAAAUCUGCUCAUUUGUCAAUAAAGAAAAACAGACAAUA